ACCAAACUCAACAAUAGGAACAAUAAAGUGCUUGAUUGAACAUCUUACUUUCAGCUGUUUUGAAAGGCAAAUUUGCCUCAGUAGGCUAUGCUUAAGAUCAUCAUUCAAUAUCUCAACUCAAAGCUGAAUGUGCAUAAAAGUUUAUAUGCAGCAAUAAAACUAGAGCUACUUAUCUAAUAGACCUAGGUGUCUUUGCUGAUGUUCUGAUCUUGGAGUAAUGAUAACCUGACAUGACCAGUUCCAGUAAAUACAUCUAUUUGAAUAUUCUGUUUUUCUUCCUUUUCUUCCAAAUGCGUCUAAUUUGAAUUAGAUUUGCCUUAGAUUUCAGCAUAAUUAUGCUGCUGCUUACUUGCGUAGCUACAAUUUGGAACUGAUAUAAUUCAGAAACUACAGUACACCUCUUGAAAUCAGACACAUACUGAUUUGACCCUGUUACUUGGUUUUCUUGGGAUCUUUCAGCCAUGAAACUGUUCAUCACUCUGGUUCUCAUCACUGUUUCUUUCUCUACAGUGCUCGCACUGAGAUGUUACCAGUGCAAAUACAAAUACAGUUCAUCUGAAGAAUGCAAGCAAAAUCUAACAAAAUGUCCUCUGCAGUGUGGCACCGUUACCAUAUACAGCAAUGGCGAUACAUUAUAUAACAGUAAGAAGAACUGCACAGAUCCUGCCUUGUGUGUUAUUGACAGCAUACAUUUUGGGCAAAACAAAACAGUCUUUAAUCCCCAAUGCUGUGACACUGACCUCUGCAACGCUGAAGACGCACCAGCAAUGCCACGAUAUUCCAAUGGGAUGAUGUGUUACGCUUGUGACCUAUUUAGUAGAGACUGCUCAAAAAUUGUGACUUGUUCAGGUUAUGAGAACAAGUGCUUCAGUAUAACAGAACGUAUAACUGGCAUAAAAACAAAAGGAUGUGGGAACGAGAUAAUCUGUGAGAAUAGUGUAUUAAAUACUCUGGGGUCUAUGGUUGGUGCUCAGACGACAUGCUGUGCAGGAAUUCUGUGUAACAGCGGUCAGUGCUUCAAACAGAGUCUCUUCCUGCUGCUGCUGGUGCCGCUUCUUUCUCUCUUUUCCUUCUGAGAUGUUUUUGGUUCUCUAGAAAUUUUUUGUGCUUUGUAGACAUCCAGUAAGACUUUAUUUUUUGGUAGUAGUAAAUGAAGUGUUUCUAUAUAAUCAUGAAUCAUGAUGGUGCUAAUUUUUUUUUUUUUUUUUUUUACUUUCUCUCUACUGGUUUUGGUAAAGGAAAACGUUCUUGGUUAAUUGAAGAUCAUUCUGUCUUUAUUUAUUCAAAACUUAUGACGUAUUUUAUUCAUGAGGGGCUAUAUAGGGUAUGUGGUUACUUCAAUUAUCUGUCAUUUUUAUUCAUCAUGUCUCCAUCAGCUAGCUGUCCAGACUGGAUUUGAAAAAAUUCUUUUUCAGACUUAAAUACGACAAUCCACCAUAAAAAAAUAAAAAAUAAAAAUAAAUAAAUAAAUAAAUGAUCAAAUUUAAACAAAGAAUGAAAUAAAGCAUUUUGAAACCAUUUAAACUAUUUCAGUUAAAACCGUGUCAUUUAAUUUACAUCCACACAUUACAACUGUCCUUAAUUUUUUUUCUUUUCUUUUCUUUUCCCAAAUGUUAAUGUACUUGGCUCUUAAAGAGACAUCAUCAAGUUCAGUGAAAAGCUUGCUUGAAAUGAGAUGUGCCCAAAACAAAGAAAAAUCAAGGCAAAUUAAGGCAAAUAUCAGCUGUGAACAGACUACUUUCACUUUACACAAAUAUUCAAAUGACGCAACGUCUUUUGUUUGGGUCUGAGACUGAAGAGAGGACAAUAAACUCUAAAAUAUUA